AUGGCUCUGCCACGACACGACGACGCGGCGGCGUCGCGGGCCUCGCUGCUGACCUCGCUGCUCACCUCACUGUCGGCGUACCCAGUGGUCGCCGUUGCGCUCGUCGGCUGGCUGCUGUACCGCCUGAUGCCGCGGCCCAGCAGCAGCUCGCAGCCGAGAUUCCCCGUCUGGGCGACGCUGGAGAUUCCGCUCGUGAGCUAUGUGGUCUCCAACAAGGGCGGGCUGGCUCAACGCAUCUACUCGGCUCUGAGCCGAUUCGGCGGGUCACUGUUCGGGAUCUCGUCGACGCACCAGGUGCUGGUCAACACGUCAGGCGUCGAGAAGUUCAUGUCGCAGGGCCUGCACUCGCUUACGCCCGAGCCCAUGCACAACACGCUGCUGAUCCGCGUGUUUGGGCGGCCCGACUCGCCUCGGUGGGACCGCAUGUACUACGAGACAGCGCGCCAGCUGACCAUCCCCGUCGAGCGCAUGUUCCUCAACGACGCCGCCGCCACAGCCACCCUCGAGCGCGGCGCCAUCGCCGAGCGCGCCGCCUCCUUCGUCACCUUCUCCGCCGACCCCGCCCGCACGCAGCCCUGGGAGAAGUCGGCCGGCAUCCGCGUCGUCCGCCCCGACACCCCCGGCAAGCCCGGCGCCGUCGAAGCCAACCUGCAGAGCCUGACGCGCGACUUUGGUGCGCACAUGGCCAUCUCGCUGCUGUACGGCCGCGACUUUGUGACGCGCUACACGACCCUGCUCGAGGACUUCUGGCGCUUCGACAACGACAUGUUCCCGCUGCUGAUGAUUGGGAUCCCGGACUGGGCGCCGUUCCGCACGAUGCGCGAGGCGAAAGCGUCGCGCACGCGCUUGAUCGAAGAGCUUGAGGCCUUCUACCGCCGCCUCGGCCAGCACUCGCGCGGCGAGCCCGUCGACUUUGGCGCCGACAUGUCCGACGCCGGCGACGCCGUCGUCGGCCGCCAGGCCGUCUACGACAAGUACGGCUGGACCAUGCGCGAGCGCGGCCACGCCGACAUGGGCGUCAUCUGGGGCCAGAACGGCAACACGCAGCCCAUGCUGUUCUGGUACCUGGCGUAUCUGUACUCGACGCCGGGGUUCGUCGAGGAGCUGCGCCGGGGCGAGGUAGCGUCGUGCAUGACGCUGACCGACGGCAGCCCGCGCGAGAUCGCCGGGCUGGACAUGGGCGUGCUGUCGCGCGACUGCCCGCGCAUGAAGGCGGCGCUGUUCGAGACGUACCGGCUGGCCAGCGACCCGACGUCGAUCCGCUACGUGGCGCGCGACGCCAAGCUCGACGACGGCGCGCGCAAGCACGACAUGCGCCAAGGCAUGUACGUGUCGGUGCCGCACAGCGUCAUCCAGCGCGACCCAGACGUGUUUGCCGAGCCCGACCGCUUCGUGCCCGACCGCUUCCUCGAGGUCGACGAGGAGACGGGCAAGACGGUGGCACGCUACGGCCGGCUGCGGCCGUGGGGCUUCGGCCCGGGCAUCUGCAAGGGGAGGACGUUUGCCGAGAAGGAGAUCCUCGCCCUGGCCGCCACAAUCAUUGCCCUGUGGGACAUCAACCCCGUCGGCGGGACCUGGAAGGUGCCUGCCAUGAUGCCCGGGACGGGAGUGAAGAAGCCCGUCGAGGAUAUCCGGGUUGUCAUUUCUCGGAGGGUUUUCUAG